AUGGCAGUGCGCGCGGGCGACGGGCUCCUGGCCGGCACCGCGCUGGUGCGCAUGGAGGCCGCGCUGCAGCGGCGCGCCGGCAGCCCCGCGGUGCGGCUCGCCGACUUCUUCGACGCGGCUGCGGGGUCCGGCGUGGGGGGCGUUCUGGCCGCCCUGAUGUUCGCGCGCGGGCCGCGCGGGCGGCGCAUGUGCAGCGCUGACGGCGCUGGAGUUCCUCCUCCGCAACACGGCGCCCCGUGCUGGUCCCCUGCUACGACCUAG